AUGAACCAGGCGGACGGAACGUGGCUGGUGCCCCAGGAACCAGGAUGGGAUCUGCCCGGCUACAUGCAGCCACCCCCAGACCCUCGGGCCCAAUGGCAUCUGAACCCAACUGGGAUCAAGCCGUGGGCCACCCCCUCAGGCCAGCAAACACAGCUCAUCAAGCCAGGAUGUUUCUGGAAGGCCCCUUCCCCUGGUUCCAUGGCCCUCUCCUCCCCGGGGACCCUGAGCCUGGAGACCCUGGACAGCUGGGACCCUGACGUAGCCGGGCAGUUGGAUGAGGAGCGGUGGCAGCCAUCCUCUGAAAUCGUUCUGGACCUGGAGGAAGAGCCCAGCAUGGACAUCAUCCUGGUGGACUCCAGCGAGCUGUCGUCCCCGCCUUCACCGGGGCCCUCCCGAGAUCAUAUUGAGUAUGAAGUCAAGGUUAACCAGCGAGACAUAGAAGACAUGUGCAUCUGCUGUGGAAGUUUCCAGGUGCACACACAGCACCCUCUGUUUGAGGGAGGGAUGUGCGCUGCCUGCAAGGACAAGUUCCUCAGCUGCCUCUUCUUGUAUGACGACGACGGGAACCAGUCCUACUGCUCCAUCUGCUGCUCCGGAGAGACGCUGCUCAUCUGUGAAAACCCAGACUGCACCCGCUGCUACUGUUUCGAGUGUGUUGACACCUUGGUCAGCCCCGGGACCUCAGAGAAAGUUCAAGCCAUGAGUAACUGGGUGUGCUUCCUGUGCCUGCCUUUCCCACGCAGUGGGCUGCUGCAGAGGAGGAGGAAGUGGCGGGGUUGGCUGAAGGCCUUCUACGACCAGGAGGCGGAGAGUCCCCUUGAGAUGUAUAAAACUGUGCCUGUGUGGAAGAGAGAGCCAGUGCGGGUGCUGUCCCUUUUUGGUGACAUCAAGAAAGAGCUGACGAGUUUGGGCUUUCUGGAAAACGGCUCUGACCCGGGCCGACUGAAACAUUUGGACGAUGUCACCAAUACAGUGAGGAGGGACGUGGAAGAAUGGGGCCCGUUCGACCUCGUGUACGGCUCCACGCCGCCCCUCGGCCACGCCUGUGACCAUCCUCCCGGGUGGUACCUGUUCCAGUUCCACCGUGUGCUUCAGUACGCGAGGCCCAGGCCGGGCAGCCCGCAGGCCUUCUUCUGGAUGUUUGUGGACAACCUGGUGCUGACCAAGGAUGACCGGGCCGUAGCCACUCGCUUCCUGGAGACUGACCCGGUGACCAUCCAGGACGUCUGUGGCAGAGCUGUCCGGAACGCCGUGCACGUGUGGAGCAACAUCCCGGCCGUGAAAAGCAGGCACUCGGCCCUGUUUUCCCAGGAGGAAUCGUUCCUGCGGGCUCAGGACAGGCAGAGAGCAAAGCCCCCCGCCCGGGGGCCAGCCAAGCUGGUGAAGAAUUGUUUUCUCCCCCUGAGAGAAUAUUUCAAGUAUUUUUCAACAGAAUUCACUUCCUCUUUGUAAAUGAGUCAUUAUACCUUGAAAAAAAAAAAAAAAGACUUUUCCUAGAACAAAGAUAACUUUCCUUAUAUUGUUUCUUUUUUCCUCUUUAAAUUAUUAUUUUAUCUGCUUGACUGUGGAUUUUCCAUGGUUGCCACAGACCCAUCUUCCUUUUGGGUCUGGAGACCAGGGCCCUGACCCACCACACCCUUUGCGGGACGGGGGGACAUACCCCACGUCUAACCAGAGACGAGAUCCCGAUGUUACACAGCACAGUGUGCUGCUGAAAAGUUUGUGUGUGC